AUCGCUUCCGGCUGUUUUGGGCCCGUGACCUUGUCCGUUUUUGGCCAAAAUCGAAAGUUCAGUGCUCCAACCUGUGUGGCCCAUUUGGGGGUACAGACACGAGCACAUCUUGAACUUUCAAAUCGAACCGCCACAGAACACUCAUCAUCAUGACAUUAGGAAGCCUCAAGCAUACGGGUUCCUCUAUAAAAACCAGAAAAUAAACAAGCAACGGCUUCAGAAUCGAUUCACUAACCGCCAUAUGCGGAUGCAAAACCAGCAAAAGAAAAAAAAACAUAAUCCAGCGAGAACAAAUUGUUAGUGCGACAGAAAAGUGAUCAAAUUAUAGAGAACAAGUUUUCGGUUAUUUUAACGAUACAGAACCAAAUCACUUAAAGAAAAGAAAAAGUUCAAAUUAAAGGGAGUCGAACCGGUGAAUAAAUUAUGCAAAAAUAACAAGAAGUUCUUAUCCGACCACCGAAUUAUUUAUAUAGAGCCGACGCGUGCCCAAAAUCUCGUCUCGUGACGCGAUCGCCGCUUUAUCGCUUCGGAACUUAUAUAAACUGGUCGCUGAGCCCGACCUUGACACUCACUUUUCUAAACAAUCAACUCGGAUCCGAGACUAUUUUUUGGUCUCUGCCUUUUUGGCCAGCAUCUCGUCUUCUUUCUCGGUCGCUUUACAAACCGCCCGUCAGUCUUCCGCCGGACCGGAGAUGGAACGCACGGAUCGCGUCCGCUGAGCUGUGAAUUAUAAUAUUUCCCCGAAAACCGAAACCCCAAACCCAAAACCCAAACCAGCCAGCUAAUCGCUUCAACUAAAAGCUCUCGAAGACUCUUGCCUAAUAGCCACAAGUGCAGCGUGCAAACAAUAAGACAAACAGCCAAACAAAAGUGCAAAGAAAAAAAUAAAUACAUUAAAAACGUGUGCUUGUCCAUGCAACUGCAUAUUUUAAUACAUAAUUAGCCAGAGAUCGUGGAAGCAUCUCAGUGGAAGUGAAUAUAGUAUACGAGUACAUAUAUGGCAAAAAUGUGGCAGGGAAUCGUGUGGAGCUUGACUUUCUGCCUCGUCGGAUUGGCGGGUUUUGGCCUCGGCAACAACUUGGCCGGCUACGAAGGCUACACCAAAUAUACAGUGCAACAUGGUGAUGAAAGCGCCUUCAAAUACAUGGUGGACCUGCAGACGAAUGACUCUGAGUUGGACUUCUGGCUCCUGACGAGGAACUCCUCUGUUCUCACAGUGAGCCCCAAGCGGAAGAACCAGUUCGAGGCUCGUCUCUCCAGUUUGGGAGUCAGCUACGAGAUGCAGCCACUCAUGGAGCUGAUGGCAGCCCUAAAGGCAAAUAGUUCCUAUGCCGAGGAUGACUUCGAUGGGGAGUACGAGGAGUGCCAGCAGGGGGAUUGCGAGGAGGCAGAGCGCCCUCGUCGCAGGACUCGUCGCCAGGCUCGUGGGUUCUUCUCUCACUAUCCUCGCUAUCACGAGGUCCUCAGCUUCAUGAGCGGACUGGCCGCCAGAUAUCCCCAGUACUGCCGAUACGAGUCCCUGGGUCACUCCAACGAGGGUCGGCACAUAGCUGCUCUCUCGAUUUCCCUGAACAGCAGGGUCCGUCCACGUCGAGUGGCCUAUAUCCAGGCAGCCACCCACGGAAGGGAGUGGAUCACCACGCAGACGGUCCUCUACUUGGCCUACGAACUGCUGAGCAACUUGCGCGCCUUCACAAGAGUUCUGCAGGAUGUGGAGAUUUUCCUGGUGCCACUCGUCAAUCCCGAUGGCUAUGAAUACACCCACACGACGGAUCGUUUCUGGCGCAAGAACCGCCAUCGCUAUGGAGGUCACUCCUGCUCGGGUGUGGACAUCAACCGGAACUUUGGAAACCAUUGGAACUACCAGGGCGCCAGCCAGAACCUCUGCUCGGAGGUGUACUCGGGCACUUCGCCCAAUUCGGAACCGGAGACCUCGGCCGUGGUGCGAUAUCUGGAAUUCAAUCGGCACCGUGUGAAACUCAGCCUGGAUGUUCACUCAUUUGGCAAAUUCAUUUUUUAUCCCUACGGCUAUGCGAAGAACACUGUACCACCGACCGUGGGAACGUUGCGUUCGGUGGCUCUGAGGGCCGCCAACCAAAUCGGGCGGUACCGCGGUACCCGCUACACAACCGGAACCUCUGCCUCCAUUUUGUACGAGGCCUCCGGCAGUUUGGAUGACUUCGCCUAUGGCAACCUGGGUAUCCCCCUGUCCUACACGAUAGAGCUGCCCGGUGACGAGUUCCACGUGCCCGCCCACGACAUCAUCCACGUCUGCAAGGAGACAUUCGCCGGCUUCAUCGAGUUCAUCCGCCACGUGAGCCUCUACUAAGCGGGCUUUUAUUCCCCAAACUGUUUAAGUAAUUGAAUUUAUUUGUUUGUUAAAAUUAAAAUAAUUAGUUCUCUCGUUGUUAGGCAUUAAAGAAACGUAUAUUGAACAA